AUGAUGACUCUGGGUGGGAAGGACGGGCCGGACGGGCCAGAGGGGCCACACGAGCCGGAGCCAAGGGAGCCCACCGACGGGCCCGACAGCUACGACCAUCGCGACCACCGCGAAGGCUACGACGGCCACGACCACUACGACGACUUCAAAGGAAUCAGCUACGGCAUGAUGCUGAAGAAAGUGCUGCGCCGGUCGAUAAACGACUGGAGCCUCUUCUGCGAGCGCGUGGACAACGACAGCGGAGAAAACGCGGAUUACCUUAGAAGCGCCCUCAUCCAGUACUGCAGGCACAUGAGGGAGUGCUUCCUAAAGCUCCUGGAGGUGAACGCCUUCCGAAGGAACUACAAAGAAAUCAAUGAGACGAUUAAGCUCAUUUUAGAGUAUAGAGAAAGUUACCGGGAACUUAAGAGCAAGUACCAAUAUGAAUUGUACCUAUGCAAAGUAAAAAUGAUGGAUUUGCAAAUAAACGAAAGUAAUGUCCUGUGUGCAGUUGACUUAUUGUCUACGGGGAGGUACACGAGGUUCCCUCUGCUGUUCAAGGGGAUCAUUUCGAACCCAUCAGAUUCGUUCAUUCCAAAUUUAAAUGUGAAUCAAAUAAAUAUCUUAAAGAAACGAAUUGUGGAUGAGUUUCUAAUCAAUUAUUAUACAUCUAGAAUCCCCAAGGAUAAAGUGAAUUUUUCUUUUUCUGAUGGGUUCAUAGAGUUAGAUGUGGUGAGCGAAGUGAAGGUCUCCCUCAUCACCGAUUUUGUCACCUGGAGUGUAGUCAAGGCCGACAUCUUCUUCUUGCGCCACAUGAAUUUGCACUCUUCGCACAACUUGAAUCUCAUCAGCUUGGUGAGCUACGGCGUCGUUCAGAAGAUGGGCCAAAUGGCUGGCGAGCAGAAGGGGGGGGCGGUGGACGCCCCCCAGAUGGAUAUGUCCCAUACGGAUAUGCCCCGGUUGGAAAUGCCCCAUGCGGAUAUUCCCCAUCUGGACUGCCCCACCGAAGCGAGCGACGCGGAGAGUUCCCAAAGCGGCGAUUUUUUGCUAAACAGAGGAAGCUCCCACCACAGUGAGCGGCACGUACGCAUAGAACAAAUGCGGCAUGCCCGGGUGAACCCCAUCGAGCAGCACUACCACAGAGAAAGGGAAAAAAGAACACAAGCAGAGGAGACCCUACCACUGGCAGAUGUGCUUUACGAAAUUUACAAAAUCAGCCACUUCUACUGUAGCGUUCAAAUUAUGGAGUUUUUCAAAGGGAGUAUAAAUCAGCACAACACGUUUAACUACCCCUCGAAGAAGAGUCUCAUAUAUAAGUGCUUUUCCAAUGGCACAGUGGAGGUGACUCCCUCUUGUUAUAACUACAGUCUGAGCGAUAAGGACGCACUGCUCCACCUGGACAUUCAUCUAUACGAGUGCGCACUCGGCAAGGGAAUGUAUGAGUGGUUCAAGAAGAUCCCCCUACUGGACCAACACAGCAAAAAAAAAAUGAUCCUUAAGUUUGUUCUGAACAACGAAAAUGGAAAUAUAGGGGUGUUCUUGUGGCCAUUCAGUUUUUUUAAAAAGGGAAAGAAGGAAAGCUUCCCUACCGAUGACAUCUUAACCUCCUACGAGUUUUCCUACUGUGCUGCACUGCAGAGGAGGAUGAAGAGGCUCUUCUCAUUCGACCCUGCCCAUAUUCACCUGGAGAGCUGGUUCACCCGGGUGGCCAACUGCGUCACUCGUUUUUUGUUCUCUAUUCUGAAGGCGUUCAGCUCCCCUGGGGGGGACCCACUCCACGGAGUAGCCAGCAUGGACCACACCAGGAGCAGCGAGACCUCCUUCGGGAACAACGCCAUUGGGGUGCAUGAGUUGGUGCAAGAUUAUUUCUUCGAUUUGGGUUACAUCCGCGGGGAGUUGCUCUGCGAGGGGGGAGUUGGAAGCGUUUUCGAGGGGGUGGGAGAGAACCACCCCGGGGGAGCAAACCAUGUGGAGGGGGCGCCCCUGCGAAACCGCAUCCAAACAGUGCUGAUGAAGAAGCAGAACGGGGACUCCUGCCUUCUCACAUACACCUUCUACGGACAGAAAAUUAACCUCUUCCUAAACAGGCAAAGCGAAAAAUUCACCUUCAUGUGCCACUGGAAGAGCAAAACGUUCAUCGACACCAUCAGUCUCCACUACGACCUCAAGCUGGUCAUAUACGUCGUGUACCUCCUGAAGAGGUUCUCCCUCUAUGUGUACGUCUAUAACGAGCUGCAGGAGAGAUUCCUCGCAGUAAACGCGGGGAGGGUCUUCAACUACGAGCUAGCCAAGGAUCAAUUCUGCCCCCAGUUCUUCUUUCACAAGUUGAAACUUCAUGACCUUUUGAAGAAAUACAACUACUCUGCGAACAUCCUUCUGACCAAAUUCCUCCAGAGCUUUUUUUCCCUCAUCGAUUUUUACUUUUAUCUUCCCUGUGGUGAGGGGGGUGCCACCAAAGGGGGGGGAUUUGAGAGCGCUCUCCGCAAAUUGGUGCACAAGGGGGGUGAAGCGGCAGCCGGCUUGCCUCCCCCGCAGGGUAGUGCCCACUUAGGAGGAAGCCCCCCCAGGGAGGAAAAUCUCAUCGGAAGCUUCGAAGGGACUAAUCUUGGCGAGUCCCCUUUUAGCGCCCCCGCCCCACAGCGGCAACCGGGGGGAAGCGGAUAUGAGGAGACCCCCGAGGAGGGGAAGAAGGCAGCCCCGAGUAGAGACCCCUUCCGACAGAACUUCAUCUCAGUGCUGUACUUCACCAUCUACACAUAUGACCGCACCCCCCUGCUGCUCAUCCUGCUGAUCGAAAAGGAUUGCAUACACCAAACGUACAUUGUUAUUUGUGAAAAUGAUGGAGUAACCUCUGGGGCAGACAAAGAAAGAAGCGAGCAGGGGAAGACCAGCAAGAGGCACCUCUUUACCAUUCCUCUAAUACAUAGGAGCUACCCCCUUGGGAAUCACCUCGAGGAUUACCUGGACGGUUUACGAGAUAUGGUCAACCGAUUUUCAAAUUUAUUUUCCACGUUGGGGAAGCUCCUACGGAUGAAUUCGCGGUGCCCCGUUUUUUGCAGUCCGUUUGGUGGAGCCCCGUCCAGAGGUGUAGCACUGAGCGGAGGGGCCCUUCAGCAUGAUGGGACCGCCCAGGGAGGGGAUGCACCUCCAGGGGGAAACGCCCCUCCGGGGGGGAAGCCCACACUUAAAGCCGCCUCCAACCAGACGUACGCCCGUUUGAGGAAGGAGAAGAAGAAGAGCUUCCUCGACCUUCAAUACUUCGUGAGUAAGAGCCAGUCCAAGCGGGCGCCUCCCAGGGAAAGCGCUGACGUCUGCCUAGGCGAAGCGAACCUAGCCGACUCUUCAAAGGAGAAAUACCCAGCGGACUACAUCACCAAUUAUUUGCUCCACCUGGAGUGCGAGCUAGACGCGGAGCACUACAUGAGCAGGGAACUUUUAAGCAACCAUGAAGGAGGGGAGUUCCCCCUCCUGAUCAAGGUGAACACCUAUGGGUCCUUUUUUUUUGAAGUCCCCUUUCGGCAGAGAAAACUCCUCAAAAUAAGGGACUCGAAUUUGAAGAAAAGCAGCGAGAUUUCUUUUCUCUGCUGCAACGUUGCGGUAAAUGUGAAGAUAGACCCUUUGGAAGUGGAAGGGGCAGAUGCUCCCUCGGUUCACUGGGUGCGGAUGAAAAAAAUGUACCUGCUGCUAAAAGACGAGAGCUCUCCACGGAGCAUUCUUCAUCUCUUCGCAGUUUUGAGCAAAAUAUUUUCUGCGUUGAAUUUCUUCCCGGAGCUGUACUACCUAGAAAGAAUGAUGUCCCCCGAUGUAUCCAUCCGCAAUUGCCAUUUGGCAAACAUCACCGUUGAGUAUCACUGUGGGGUGAACAGACAGAUCGCAUGCUCCCUUACGUUAGACGUGCUCAAUGGUGGAGAGGUACCACCCGGACAGCUCGAUGACCCCCCUGGUCGAGGUCUCAACAAGGAGCGCUUUCCAAAUCGCCCAGGUGAAGGAGACCCAAACGGUAUGGCGACAAACCGCAGAAUCAAACAAACGAGCGAUGAAGAAGACGAACUGGAAAAACUACUCUCCUUUGACGUCUCUUUUAACUCCCCCUUUGAAUGCAUUAAUGAAUUAUUUUCUCGAGAGAAGAAGAAGCUCUCCUUGUACUUAAAAAAAAAAAAAAGCAUUUUUAGCCUUUUAAAAUUUCUGCUGCUGACCUUUGAAUUUCACUAUAACUUUUAUAUAGUGAUUAACAAGACGAGUGAGCACUUGAGGAAGGUCCCUUUUUUGCAUCCGGUGGACCUCCUGCACGACGUUCAAUUCGACUGCGUUAACCUCUUGACCGUUCUGCUGACAUUAAAAUGUUUUAGUAACGACAAGGGGGUGCUUUCCUUUUAUUUCAUUCUGCACCCAGAGAAUUUCUCCAAAGUUGUGAUCAUCCCGCAUUACAGGGGCACCCAUAUGGGUAGACACCAGAGGGAGGUCUCGAUCAAAAAUUUCUUCAGAAGGGGGAAGCGCAGCCAUAGUGGUGAGAGGCAUGCCGAUGAGCAUACCGAUCAGCAUACCGAUCAGCGUGGCGCCCCUCCCAAGACGGGCCCAGGGACCCCCCCAAACGACGCAGCCACCGUGGAAGGAACCCCCCCCAACGCACAGGAACGCGGGAUACGCAUUGACCACCUGGAUGAGGAAGACCUGUUCAUCUACCUCUUUUCCCACUUUUGCGACGUUAUAAAUUUAAAGAGAGUAAACCAGUCUGCGAUCUACUCUCCCGGUGGAGACCUCCAUAGUGAUCAGGUAAGUCCAUCACGAGGGAGCAGCCACCCCUUGGAAGGAGCAGAAGAUCCCUCACUUGGAGAAAGCGCCAUCGAGAACGAUCUAAAAAUUUUUGAAGAAUAUGACUUGUUCAUAUUAAAUAUAAAAUAUUUGUUCAAAAUGAAAAACCAGAUUGUCCUCUCGGAGGUUUUUUUCUUCCCUCCGUUUUUUCUCUACACUACGCUGUACCCUUUUGUGGAGUUUUUGAAGACGCUAAAAUGUUGGCUCGUCUUAUUGGGUCAGCUGAGGGUUCACCACUCGGACAUUACCCUGAUGUGCUCCGAGAUAGGCGACGUUUUUCAGCAUGUAACUGCGGUUAGGAGGAGGGGCGCCCCGCCGGGCGAGGGAAAAAACGCAAAUGUGAAUGCAAAUGUGAGCGCGAAUGUGAGUGCAAGCGUGAGCGAAAAUGUGAGUGCGAAUGUGAGCGCAGAUGUAAGCGCAGAUGUAAGUGCGAAUGUGAGCGCAAAUGUUAACGCAGAUGUAAACGCAAACGUGUGCGCAAAUGUGAACGCUGAGGUAAGCCCAAAUGUGAGCGCAGAUGUAAACGCUGAGGUAAGCGCAACCGUGCAGAGCGCACACAGCGAACACAGCGGCGCGCCCCCCGAGGGCCACCCCAGUGGCCACCGCCAGGAUGACGAAAUAGUCGUUCACCUCGUGUGGUUCCUCUACAGCACCAAAGAUUUGUACGUGGACGCGGCGUCCCUUGGCGAGGGGAAGACGUGCAAGAGGAGUUAUGCGGCCCUGUUGGGCGACCCCGGGGAGGUGAAUCAGGAGGAUUCGCCUGAGAGGGGUGGCGGUGGAAAUGGCGGCGGUGACAAAGGCGGCCAUGGCUUCGGAGACCAUGACGACGGCCACCAUGACAGCGGAUACCAUGACGACGAACACCAUGACGACCGAAGUGAGCAUAAAAAGGUGAAGAGGCAAGAGGAGGAUGGGCAGCACAGCGAGAAAGGCCACUUGCGGGGGGACGACCCCCCCCUGAGUGAAGCCAAAUCGGAGGAAAUGCAAAAUGUGAAGUGGGAAACCGGAGGAGCUAACCCCGUAGCAAAGAAGUGGGCACACACAACGAAUCACCUGAGCACCCCCUUCCAGAGGAACGAAACAAACACGGAGAAAUUGAAACAUAUGAUCAACGCAUACUCUCACAGCAAUGAUGACAUUUUUUUAAAAAAGAAAGCUCAGAAAAUCUGGCUGGGGGGGAAUUUUAUCCGGAAGGCGUACGCCCUGCGUGUUUUGGAGCCCCGACAUGGGGACCCCCCCUCCGAAGAGGGGAAAAGAGGGGAUCCCCGGGGGGAGGAAGGGAAAAAUGGCAAUAUAGGGGAGCGUACAGGGGAUCAUCGCCAGAACGACUUCCCUGUGAAGAUCAACCCGCACCAAGCAACGCCCAAUCGAAGCGAACCACAAAACGAUGGUGAAAAUAUGUUUUUUUUUAAUGAGGAAAAAAUGCUAAUCGGAGGUAUGAAGAACGCGAAAAGCCUUGCCUGGUCAGGCGAAAAUGUGUACAAAGGGGAUAUGCACUAUUGGAUCAAUUCAGUUGGCAUUUUUUUUGAAAAUGUUGGGGAGACUGUGGAUGAGGGGGACAGCUGGUUUUAUCGCAACAGAGGAAGGGUGCCCACACGGGAGGGAACACCAAAUAACAACAAUGAGGUGAAAACACGAACGAGGAAAUUCAUCAUGGAGGAACAAAACGUACUGAAGGAAAUCUCCAAAAUUAAUUCCGCCCUAAAUAUAAUUUACAGCUAUGUAAGAACGUGGCUCCUCAAAAUGAAUCACUCCAGUGUCAUUUCCUUUUUUCGCAUCAUAAGUGAGAUAGUAGUCGAGAAAAAGAAUAUAUGCGAAUUGUCUGCUUUUCUUUUUAACUCGGUUUUGUCCUACCGAGAGUACUUAGCCUUUUGGAUGUUUCCAAACAGGGAAGGUGUAUCAAUGCCAUUCGUGGAAAUGGAGUUUGUACCUGAGGGGGAAGAUCACCUGGUUGCCGCGGCGGGUGGGAAGAAAGGGACCUCCUUUUUCCGCAAUAAAUGGGUCGAACUGGUUGUUCCCGUGGAGGAAGCGGUGCACGGUGGUUAUCUCAUGGAUGGUGAGGUGACCCAUGCAGGUGGAGACUCGGCUGCUCCCAGCACCAGCAGAGGGAACAAAAUUAUCCCCACGGGAGGCGGUAAUGACGGCAAGCGAGGGAACUGCCAUCCCAACCCCGCAACAGAAAAAGCGAUCAACAUAAAAUACAAAAUAUGGAGAUAUAUGCCUCCCCCUUUUAAAAAAAAAAUGAACGAACAGGAGGUUAUAGACAUUAUGGGGGGAGCCAACGAAAGCGUGACGCUCACGUUUAAAAUAUCAUCCGUGCUGCCAGUUAAAAAUUUAAAGGAGGUGUACAUAAAUGACGAGCCGUUCGUGAAAUUUCUGGUGAAGCACAAAAUUGACUUAAAUGUUGCUCACGAGAGGGUCAUGGCCAUUUUGGAGAAGCACAACUUGAUGGCAAACUACUCCCUCGUUGCCACGCAGACCAUCCUCCACCGCUCCUCCUUCGAACGGUUGCUCAAGGGGGGGGACAACGACAGUGGGUGA